GAGGGUGCGAGAAGACGAGAGAAUGGCAGCCGCUCUUUCUCUCAAUGGUCCUGUCCUCUGCGGCAACCCAUCGCCGAAGGGACCCGUGGCCGCGCGCCGGGCCGCGCGGCGGUGGCGGCGCAGCCGGUGGUGGGGGCCGGUGACCCUACCUCAUCGGAGCUGCCCGGAUCGCCGGCCGCCAUCGGCUGGUUCGAGACCCGACGACUCUUCGGCCCCGUACGAGAUGACGGUCGAGAGAGCGCUCAAGCUCCUCGGCGUGUCGGAAGGCGCCUCCUUCGACGACAUCCUCCGCGCCAAGAACGCCGUUCUCACGUUGUGCAAGGACGACAUGGAAGCCGCCGCUCAGGUGGAAGCUGCAUAUGACAUGUUGCUUAUGCAGAGGUUGUCACAACGAAGAGCUGGCAAAGUUGCAAAUGGUAACAUCAGAUACGCCGAUAUUAGAGCUAAAAGAAGUACAGGAACAAGUGCUUUGCCAGAGUGGCUUCAGAAGACAGUCAAGAACAUUCCUGUCUCUGUUGAAUCUCCAUCUACCAACAGUUUGGGCAUACAGGCAGGUGUUUAUGGGGCUUUGAUGGUCCUCACAUUUGUUAGUGGCUCCUCUCCUGCUUCAGCAGGGCCAUAUACCGGAGCUGAUGUUCCUGGGCUAAUAUUAGCUACAAGUUUUGGAGCUUCCUUGUACUUUUUGUCAAAGAAGAGAAUCAACCUUGGAAAAGCAGCGGUAAUCACUAUCGGGGGCCUUGUGGUGGGCGCGGUAAUAGGAUCAGCAGUGGAACAAUGGUUGCAGGUCGAUAUAGUUCCUUUCUACGGCAUUCAUUCACCAGCUGUGAUUGUGACCGAAUUCAUUCUCUUCUCACAGUUGUUGGUAUCUCUGUAUCUAAGGUAGGUGCAAAAGAUGCUUCUGUGCUUUGUGAUAUAUGAAUUUAUGAAUCAACGAUCAAAUGGCACUUGAUAAUUCAAUCUGCCUUGCACAA